UGGUGCAACCAAGUGGGUUAUUAGUGUUAAAAACCCCCGAUCAGAGGGGCGGGGGGAGAAAAAGCAAAAAGAUCUUCCAUGGGCGAUCUCUGAGUAAGAUUCCCACGAACCAGACAGAGAAUCCGUUUGCUUCGAAAGUUCUUUCUCCGUCGGGAUUUUGAGCAGGGUUAGGGCUUUCGAGGAACUGUUAAAAAUGGUGCUCGUGCUGGCUUUGGGGGAUCUACACGUACCUCACAGAGCGCCUGAUCUGCCCCCCAAGUUCAAAUCAAUGCUUGUUCCUGGCAAGAUCCAACACAUCAUCUGCACUGGAAAUCUCUGCAUCAAGGAAGUUCAUGACUACUUGAAAACCAUCUGUCCUGAUUUGCAUAUAGUCGGUGGAGAGUUUGACGAAGAGACACGAUACCCAGAAACCAAAACACUGACUAUUGGGCAAUUCAAGCUGGGAUUAUGUCACGGCCACCAGGUGGUCCCAUGGGGAGAUCUAGAUUCACUAGCCAUGCUCCAGAGGCAACUGGAUGUGGACAUUCUCGUGACGGGCCAUACCCACCAGUUUACAGCUUACAAACACGAGGGAGGCGUCGUGAUAAACCCGGGAUCUGCAACCGGAGCCCACAGCAGCAUAAACUACGAUGUCAACCCUAGCUUUGUUCUUAUGGACAUCGACGGCCAACGGGUUGUGGUCUAUGUCUACGAGCUCACUGAUGGAGAGGUCAAAGUCGACAAGAUCGAUUUCAAGAAGACCUCUUCAACCAAUUCUUCUGCCCAUUAGCCAAAAAAGACAAACGAAAUUGUAAGUAAUCAUCUCGAGUUAAGACGAAAAACAACUUUCUUGUUUCUCUGUCUUGUAACUUCUUCAGUAGUCUUCAUGUUCAUGCAGACA